UUGCGUCGCCGUUUUACCGGAAGUCGCCGGGUUACCCACUUCCGGUACGAACAGCCUUCUAUUUUCUCACCGUAGCUCCCAGUCCAUUCUUCGGAUUUUUCGAUAGUAACGUUCGUUAUUGUUUAUUUUUUAAACCCGUUCGUGUCGAUACCGGUACCGGGGUUGGAGGCAGGGGACGUCGGAGCGGCUAAGAUGGCGGCCGACCGCCGCGAGGAGAAAGAGGGCGAGCUCAACGUUCUGGAAGAUAUUUUGACGGAAGCUCCAGAUCACGAUGAUGAGCUUUACAACCCCGAAACCGAGCGAAAUGUCACAGACAAGAAAGGAGCCAAGCGAAAGAGCCAACAUUCAGAGAGUCACAAUCGGAAGAGGCCGCGGACCUCUUCUAGCCACGCCCCCUCCAGGUCAUCCCUCAGCAAUAAGAGAGGCUCAGGUGGUCCUCUCUCGUCUUCGUCCUCCAAGAGGGUGGCAAGCAGUCCACAUGGCCGCCGCGGAAGCUACCGUGGCGAUUACUACGAGGAUCGAAAGAGCCGUAGAGGAGCGAGAGACGCCACCCGGAGCCGAGUAAGCGAGGUCGCUCGACGUCAACACUCUCCCAGAGACUUGGCAGGUGUCAAUCAGAAGCAUCUGCGUGGCGAGCGUCACACAAACCCCGCCCACCGUCCAGAGGUGAACCAAUCAGAAGACGAGGUUGCCCCAGAGUAUGGUUCAGAGCAGCGAUCAGGAAGCUCGUCCCCUGCUGCCUCUCACGAAGAGGAAGAAGAACAGGAAGAGGACGACGAAGAAGAAGGGGAGGAGGAAGAAGGCGAUGAAGAGGAGGAGGAAGAAGGCGACGAAGAGGAGGAUGAACAGGAGGAGGAAGAUGAGGAUGGAGAGAAGGAGGAAGAGGUGGAGUACGAACGACGGGGCGAGGCUAACGACUAUGAUACCCGCAGUGAAGCGGGCGAUUCCCGCUCUGCGUCCUCCAUCAGUUUCUCCGACAAUUCGGCGCGCUCUGUCUCAGGCUCUGACGCCUCAGGUUCAGAGAAGAAACGUGACAAGCUCUCGUCGUCUGUACGAGCUGUCUCCAAAGGGAUGGAAAAUUUCCGUUACAUCAUGGAGGACGCCCGCUUCUUCCUCAUCAAGAGUAACAACCACGAGAACGUCUCUCUGGCGAAAGCUAAAGGCGUUUGGUCCACGCUGCCUGUCAACGAGAAGAAACUCAACGCAGCUUUCCGCUCCGUCCGCAGCGUCAUCCUCGUCUUUUCUGUGCGGGAGAGCGGCAAAUUCCAAGGUGUUGCUCGCUUGGCUUCUGAGUCUCAGCACGGCGGAUCUCCCAUUCACUGGGUUCUUCCUGCUGGCAUGAAUGCCAAGAUGCUGGGCGGAGUCUUUAAGAUCGAUUGGCUGUGCAGACGAGAACUUCCGUUUACAAAGACAACUCACCUUUUAAAUCCCUGGAAUGAAAACAAGCCAGUCAAGAUUGGUCGUGAUGGACAGGAAAUCAAGCCGGACAUCGGCGGCCAGCUCUGUUUGCUGUUUCCAUUGGACGAAAGCGUAGAUAUUCACCGGGUGGCUAGCCGUAUUCGUCACAAGCGUCGGACCCCGUCUGCCACACGGCCUCGUGGCCGACCACCUCUGCGGGAACCGGGAAGGCGUCGUCUUGAAGAGUUCGACCUUCAUGGCAGGAAGCGACCUCGAGUCGAGUGCCCAGACUUCAACCAGCGACCAGGGUUCAUCCAGGACCUGCGAAACCAGCCGGUGGACAGGCGCUUCUCCAACGUGAGACGAGACGGUUUCCUUAACGGGUCUUACUACUAUAUGAGAGAUUAUCAACACAACGUGGGACCGCCGCCCCCUUGGCAGGCAAUGGUGACGUACCCCGGCGUGGAGCAGCCACCCAACCACCACCCACCUUACUACCAUCACAGCCACGCGCCGCCCCCUCCUCACCAGGCAUACCACCACCACCACCCCCCUAUGCCCCAGCACGAGGCUCCGCCCCCUCGCUUCAGAGACAAACAGCGAGUUGUACCGCAACAUCGUGCCUUUGCUUCCAGUCCACACGACUACGACAUGCGCGUGGACGACUUCCUGCGGCGGACGCAGGCGGUGGUGAGCAGUCGGCGAGAACGAGAGCGACAGCGUGAACGCGAGCGGGCCGCACCCCGACGCGAGCGAGAGCGAGAGCGCGGCAGGGACCGAGACCGGGAUAAAGAGAGAGGACGCUACCACAGAUGAUGCGGUGAUGUCAUUUCCUGUCACAGCCAGUGAUGUUUUUGUUUGGUGUUUAAAAAAAAAAGUUGAAAGACAACAUCAUCAUGUUUUAUUGUCGAAUAGAAAA